AAGGGGAAAGAAGAAGAACGUCAAUAAACCCUUCUCCAUCUCUGUCUCUCUCUUUGAAUCUAUUCUCCAUUUUUAUCCAGAUUAUUGGAAAUUAGGUUUUUCUGCUUCACAAAUUAAGCCGGAGCACUUUGAUCUCUUCAAGUUCGCGCAUAGAGUUAUUCGCAUGCGAGAUCUGUGAUUGAUGCCGUCGAAGCUUGUUUGAUCCUCAGAGAUCUGCUUCUUUGUUUGUCUGUAUGGAUAAGAGCAAGAGCAGGACGGAUAUGCUUGCCGCUGGCCGCAAGAAGCUCCAGCAAUUCAGACAGAAGAAAGAUAGCAAGGCCGGUGGCAGCCAUCCGAAGUCCUCAAGCAAAGUCACCAACUCGGGGAAUGAGGGUGAGAGCAGAGAACUUGCUGUUGAUGUGUUCGAUGCCAAUACAUUGGAUGCUGCAGCUUCAGGAGCAGAUCAGAGAGCCGAGGAACUGAGGUUGGAGUUGGAGCAGCUUACUGGUGAUUUUAAUAUCCAGGAAGCUCAUGGAGUGCUGUUAGAAAAAUCAAAUGGCGUAUCAAGUGUUAGUCAUGAGAUUGCUGGGCCUUCCUCUUCAUCACCAGUUGUUUAUGAGAUACACGGAGUACUUUCAGAUAAAGAGAAUGGGGGUAGCCUUCUGAUGGAGAAAGGAGCCAUGGGGAGAGAAACAUCCUCCAGUUCACUUCAUGAACCCGUUGGAUUGCAGGAGACAAAUGGAUCUUCUGUUCUAGCUGAUAGAGUUCAAGUUCCAGGGUUGAAUCUCAGACUUUUUGAGGAAACAGAGAAAUAUACUUAUCCUGAAAAAAAUUUGGAAAAUCCUGAUUCGUCUCAAAUAACAUGUGCACCGGCUGGAAUUAGUCAUCAAGAAGUUUCUGUAGUUUCUGAUGUCGAGUCAGAGAAGAGAUCAUUUGAUGAGAAGGUAGAGGAUUAUGAGAAACAUGUAUUUGAAGAUAAAUUGAAAGCAACUGGUGGCCCUGUUCUUUAUGGGUCACCAAGAGCUGAAGAGACCAAUCAACAUUUUGGUUUGGCUGGAGAUUCUCAGGAUGUAGGCAUCAAUCUUUGUCAUGAUUCUAAUGAAGGCACCUUUAUUGAGAAAAAAAUUGAAACACCAUGUUCUUCCCUAGAAAUUUCAGUGAACAAUGAGAAACUUCAAAUGGAAGCUGGGGAAAGAACUAAUGAGAGAGCCAUAGAACAUUGUUUUCCGAUGGAUUGUCUUCCCACCAUUAAUGGAUGUCAGGGUAGGCAUCUAGAGGAGACUGUUUCAGUUAAGGAGAUCAUUGUGGAUGCUCCCGAGGAGGUAGUUUUACCUCUACAUGAGUAUAUAAAGAUGGGUUCCUCACUAAAGGGGCAGUUUGAACAAGAUGGUGUGCUGAUAAAAGGAAGCUAUGCUGUUGAACUUGAGGGUGUCAAAGGGCAUCUUUACCUAUCUUAUAUUGCAAAAGAUAUCCUCCAGUUGGAAUUGGUUGAGCAGACACAAUUAAAUGAAGAUUUUCGCCAACAUUCUUUUCAUGAAUUACACAGGCUUGUUGAUCUGGUUAAUAAGGCUCAAGAAAGCAAUGAAAUUUUAUCUGCAGAACUUGUACAAUGCAAGUCUGAGCUUCAAUCUUUGGCUAUUAUGAAAGACGAAAUGGAAACCGUCCGUCUUACAGCAAGGGAGGAGAUUGAGCAGGAACAUAUUAAGUGCACCAAUUUGAAAAUUGAACUUCAUAAAUCCCAAGAUGACUUAUUGAAUGUUUCAAAUGAACUAGCCAUUUGCCGGGGCUCUGUGGAUGCUUUGCAGAAGGAAAAUUCAAAAUUAUUAGCAAGUCUCCUUUCAGAAACUCGUGCAAAUGAGAAACUUGUAGAAGAGGUGGAGCUCCUUUCAAGCGAGCAAAUCAAGCUUACAGCAGCUCUUUUGGCAGAAACUGAUGCAAAGAAGGAACUUGCAGAUGAGAGAGACUCUCUUUCUACUCAGAAUAUCAACAUUUUAUCUGAGUUAACAGCAAAGGAGGAGAAAUUGCAGAUUGCACUGGAGAAGAAAAACGAGCUGCAGGAUAAUUUAAGAGAUUUAUGGUCAUGCUUUGAGCAACUUGCUGAGGAGAAAUUUUAUCUUUCCUGCAAUUUUGAUGUCUGUAUUGCUAAGAUUAAGGAGAUGGAGAGCUGGACUUUUGAGCCAUUCUGCCAUGCUCAAAAAGGUAAAGUUAGCAAUGAAGGUCUUAUCAAUUGCACCAGUGAUAUAUCCCAGCCGUUAUAUGAAGAACCUAAUGUAAACUUGUCUUCCACCAUUAAAUUGAAAUCAAACUCGUUAUUCCAUGAUUAUGGGUUUUUGAUUCAGAAGGUUGAUGGGAAAGAUUCUGAAGGCCAUGCUUUGUUGAAAGUAUUGAAGGAGCACCUUCAAGAGGCAAAAACUAUACUGCAGGAUAUUGAGAAGUCUGUACAAGUGAUGCACACUCAUUCUCUUUCUUUGAGUGGGUCAAGCGGAUUAGCAACCAGAACUGGGGUGUCAAAUUUAAUUAAAGCGUUUGAGUCAAAAACUCAUCAUAUUGGUAAUGUUGUAGAUGAGGAGCCGUCAACUCUGGGUGAAAGGCCAGAUGAUUCAUAUGCUUUAUCAAAAGAGAAAACUUUAAGUCUCAGCAAUACACUUAACAGGAUGGGAUUGGAACUGGGGAAGGUUGAGAUGCAUGUAAUGGACAGCCAGCAGUUUAGAGAAGCCUUGAAAAAGUAUAAAAUGGAUUGUGAAACUCAAAAGCAUAAAAAUAACAGUUUACAAGCUUCAUUUGAUGAAUUUGCUAAUAAAGUUGUUGAUUAUGAGUCUAAAUUUUAUGAAAUGCCUAACCAUAUAGAUGAGCUUUUUCAACAUUUCAACAGGGAAGCAGCUGGAUUUCUUGAUGAGAUAGAAUCGUUGAAGAGAGAUGUUGGUGAAGAGGUAUUUAUUCUGAAGCAAGAAAGGGAUGUCCUGUUGGGCAUGAUUUCGGAAGCUUUUAGAAGGCUUGAUGCAUCUACUGGAUUGAAGGUCCUAGAAGACCUAGACACUACAUCACAUGUAAUGGUCUCUGUUGAUGCUGCUAUUUUAAGAAUUGAAGAUCUGAAUGGUAAACUUGAAGAAAGUAAUCAUAACUAUAGCACACUACAUGAUUCACACAAAGAAUUGAAGAACUCUUUCGUGGGAUUUGAAAAAAGGCAUGCUCUUGUUGUUGAGCUAUUUUAUAAAUUUUACAGUAACCUCUUGGAACUUAUACAUGAAGCCCAACAAAAUAUUGGGGAUGCUGCCAUUACUUCCGAUGCUGAGAAAGUGCUGGAAUUUCUGCCCGAAAAGUGUGAAGUGAUUAUUGAUUAUUUGCGGAAGCUGUUGAGUGAGCGGGCUUGUCUAAUGUCUAGAAAUACCGAGCUUGAUUCAGAUCUCUCAAUCAGAAACCAAGAAAUAGAAAAGUUGAAUGCACAACUCAAGGAGAUGGAACUUAAAAGUAGUAUUAGAGAUGAACUUGAAAAUACUUUAUUAAAUAAAACAAAAGAGAUUGAAGAGCUAAAGAGAAGGUGCUUUCUUUUGGUCAAUCAGUUGGAGGACCAUGAAGUGGUUGUCUCAAAAGAUGCUAGUAUUGUUGUCGACUCGUUGAACUCUCCUCUAUUACGGCUUGAGGAGUUGGUUUCUUCUUAUCUUCAUAACUAUGAAGAAAUUCGUGAGCAGGUAAUAUUGUCGAGGAAUCACUUACUAGAUGCUCAUGAGCAAAUGGAAGUAGCAGCUGAUGAAUGCUUUUUGCCACUGCCCAUCUUGAUCGGUCAUGUACUCAUCCCUAAGGUGAUUACCCUUCAUGAAAAGCUGAAGGCCUUGACUGUCUCAGAUGUGCAGAAGGAAACUGAAAUUCAAAUUUUAAAGGAGGGUUUGAGCAAGGUUGAGGAGACUUUAGAAGCAUCUUGUCAUGAAUUGCAACUGAAAGCAUCUGAAGUGGAACAAUUGGAACAGAAACUUUCUUCUGUGAGAGAGAAGCUUAGCAUAGCUGUUGCAAAAGGCAAAGGUUUAAUUGUGCAACGAGAUGGUCUUAAGCAGUCUUUGCUGGAAAAAACUAGUGAGCUUGAGAAGUCUGCACAGGACUUACUGUUAAAAGAGGCAUUGCUGGAUGAACUUGAGGCAAAACUCAAGUCCUGUCUGGAAGUGGAACGCAUUGAAGCUUUGGAGUCUGAGCUCUCAUAUAUUCGGAAUUCUGCAACUGUGUUGAGGGAUUCUUUUCUACAGAAAGAUUCAGUGCUUCAGAGGAUUGAAGAAGUUCUGGAAGAUCUGGAACUACCGAAUGAUUUCCAUGAAAAAGAUAUUUUAGAAAAGAUUGAGCUUCUCUCCAGAUUUGCCAUUGAUCAUUCUUCAACUGUGACAGAUUUGGAUCAGAAAAGUUUAGGUGAGCGUGCACAUUCUGAUGCUGAAGGGUAUGCGGUUAGUGAUGCUAAUAAGAACUGUAGAUGGCCUGGGUCCAAAGAAGAUUUUGAUGAAUUGAAACAAAAACAUGAAGAACUUCAAGGCAAGUACUAUAGACUAGCUGAACAUAACCAGAUGCUGGAACAGUCGUUGUUGGAGAGGAAUAAUCUUGUGCAGAAAUGGGAAGAAGUCUUGGAUAGAAUUGCUUUACCUUCUCACAUGAAAGCAAUGGAGCCUGAAGAUAAGAUUGAGUGGUUAGGAAGGGUACUUUCAGAAGUGAAACAAGAAAGGGAUUCUUUGCAACUGAAGAUUGAUAAUCUGGAGUUAUCUUCGGACAUGCUCAUAGUUGAUGUUGAAGAAUCACAUAAGAAAAUAUCAGAACUUACUGCUGAAGUUUUAGCUGUGAAAUCUGAAAAAGAAUUUUUGUCUGAAAGCCUUGAAAAUCUCAGGAAUGAACAUUUUGCACUUUCAGAGAAGGCUUUUAAUGAUGAACAAGAUAGAGAAAAUUUACAAAAGGAAUUAAAUGAUUUGCAGGAUAAAUUGAUUGACAAUGCUCAGUUUGAAUAUUAUAAGGAUAUGGAGAAUCAUUUGCAAAUACUUCAUUCUUUGGUCAGUAGUACUUUGACGGAGAAUGAUGUGGCUGACUUCCUUUCUGGUGGCAGUCUUAUUGAGCAGCUGGAAGAUGCAUUAAGAAAGCUGAUUGAUAAUUAUACUGGUCAUUUAAAUAAAUCUAGCAACAUUGUUCCAAUUAAUGAAACUUUUUUGGAUGAAAGCAGCUCAGAUCAUGGUAAAAUGGUGCCUGAUGAAAGCUGCCCUGUUCAUGUUAACAUGGUCCCUGAAGAAAUACUGCUUGCCAAAGAAUCAGACUUGGCUUCAAUGAGUUUAGAGAUGGACCGAAUUUCUAAUAUGUUGGCUUCAGUGGAGCAGGAUAGGGAUGCAAUUUUUGUUAAGUGCCAGUCUUUGAUGUUGGAGGUAGAGGAUCUAAAGAGGCAAAUUGAAGCACUGAAUGUGGAUAGCAAUGCAGAUCUCGAGAAGUAUCAGUCUUUGGUGUUAGAGUUGGAUGCGAUGGGAAAACAGAGAAAUUCUUUACAAGAACAAUUAACCCAAGAGGAGCAAAAAACUGUUUCUGUAAAAGAAAAGUUAAAUCUUGCUGUGAGAAAAGGAAAGGGGUUAGUGCAACAGAGGGAUAGCCUGAAGCAGACUGUGGAUGAGAUGAAUGCUUUGUUGGAGCAAUUAAAGAUUGAUCACAGCCAACAGACAGAAGCCUUGAUAUCUGAAAAAUCCUUGCUGAUGCACCAAUUGACCGAUGUGGAACUCAAUUUACAACAUAGCAACCGGAAUUACAAUGGAUUAUUAACCGCAUUGCAUGCUAUUGAUUUACAGAGUGAGGCCAAUGAUAUCGACCCAUUUGAAAAGCUCGGUGUAAUUAACAGAAUAAUUUUUGAUAUGCGUUCUUCAACUGCCGCAGCUGAAUGUGAAGCGAACAAGUCUAAACGGGCAGCGGAACUUCUUUUAACUGAAUUGAAUGAAGUUCAAGAAAGAAAUGAUGUUCUCCAGGAUGAACUUGUGAAGGCAGAAGCUUCCAUUGCAGAAUAUUCUAAACAAAAAGAUGAUUUUCUUUCACGCCUUGAUCACAUCAUGUUUAGUCAUUUUGAGGAAAGAAACAGACUUGCAAUGAACUUGAUGGAUUGCAUGUUGGUCAUUGAUCAUUUGAGAAAAGGGCUCUUGGGGUUUUCUGGGAUUCUCUCUGAAGUUGUAAGCAAGGAAGUUGACCUUUUUCAUUUUUUGGAUGAUUUGAGGGAGUUCACAUUAGAUGAGUUUUGCAGUUCAGAUAGGAAUAACCAACCACAUUUAUCAUCAAGCGAUAUUCCUAUAUCUAGUGAUCAGAAAAGUGAGGAAAUAUUUCUGUCCAUUUCUGAUUCUGCACAAUUUAAGAUGCACCAAAAUUUGGAUGAAACCUUACUAUUUGAACAUUUUGCACUUGCCAACCAAGCAUUACAUGAAUGUAUGAGUCAUUGCACUGAGCUGAGAGAACGUAUUUGCCAGCAUUCGGUGUUGCUUGACAAGAAAAGGGUGUAUCUGUUAGAAACUGUUGAUGCUGUAAAAAGAAAAAACUCGUCUUUGAAAGAUACUUCAGAGUCAUUAAAGACUGAUAUCAGACUUCUUGAAUCAAAGCUUAAGAAGAAGGAUACUAUCAUCAGUUCAAUUUAUAGAAACUUAACUCUGCUUUAUGAAGUCUGUAGCACAUCAGUUAUGGAGACUUUUAGGAGGAAAUCACAAAUUACUGGAAAUAGCCAAAAUUUUGGAGAAUUGCCAAGUUAUCCCAAUUUGGAAGAAGUUGAAGGUGUUCAUUCCAUAAAUGACAACAUCAAACUGAUGGUAGAGUGUAUUUUAUCAACCAUGAAGGACGCAAGAUCUACAAACGAGGUGUUCGAGGGUACUGAGAAGGAAUUAAAUGCCACAAUUUUAACAUUACAGAGAGAACUUCAGGAGAAGGAUUUACAAAUGAAUAGGGUUUGUGAAGAGCUUGUCUCUCAGAUAAAAGAUUCUGAGGCUGUUGCUAAAAGGUCGGUGGCUGAUCUUAACUCUUCAAGGGACCAGUUCUCCAACUUGGAGAAGAAGGUAAAGACAAUGGAAAUUAAUAGAAACUCAAUAGAGUUGAGGCUGAAUGAGCUACAAGAUGUGGAGGCUUUGUCAAAGCUGCUGCAGGAGAGAAUCAACUCUUUAACUGAAACUCUGAAUGCUAAAGAUCAAGAAAUUGAAGCCUUAAUGCAAGCUCUUGAUGAACAAGAAACUCAAAUGGAAGCUCUGGAAAGCAUAAAAAAGGAAUCGGAAAAUUUAUUACAACAAAAGGUUUUGCAGUUGGAGAAUCUUGAAGCCUCUCAUGCAAAGGCCAUGGCAAAGCUUUCGACAACGGUCAACAAGUUUGAUGAAUUACAUAAUCUGUCAGAAAGCCUUCUUUUAGAAGUAGAAAAUCUUCAGUCGCAGUUACACGAACGGGAUUUGGAGAUUUCUUUUUUGCGUCAGGAGGUAACUCGGUGUACAAAUGACUUUUUGGCCUCACAAGAGAACAACAAGAAGUAUUCAUCUGAAUUACAGGAGUUGCUUACCUUGGUGAAAGGCGUGAUUUCUCAAUUUGGAGGUCCUGUGCAAUUUGAUUAUCAGGAAGCUAAUCAGAUGCAUAUGUACAUUGACAUAUUGGGCAAGAAGAUUGCCUCAUCUAUUUACGAACUAGAGGAGCUGCGUGCUAUGGUUCAAUGUAAAGAUGCCUUGCUGGAAACUGAACAGGGUAGGAUCGAAGAACUUCUAUCGAGAGUAGAAAGUCUCGAAAGUUCCCUACAUGGAAAGGCAAGGUUAGAGCAAUCUCAAGGCGGUCGAGAUUCCGAGCAACAAAGAAGUAGCAACUCAUCAGGAACUUUGGAAUUUGAACAAAUGAUGCAGAGAAACAAGGCAUCGUCAGCCUCGAUCGCCACCAUUGUACGAAGCGGACGCAAACUCAACAACGACCAAAUUGCUAUAGCUAUUGACUCUAAAAAAGAUGACGGUGUAUUAGAAGAUGAAGAUGAUGACAAAGCACAUGGAUUCAAAUCGUUAACCAAGUCUCGGCUAAUCCCACGAGCCACCCGACCUAUUGCAGACAGGAUUGAUGGAAUUUGGGUAUCUGCCGAGAGAUUGUUAAUGAGACAACCAACUCUGAGGCUCGCAUUUUUUAUGUAUUGGGUUGCGCUGCAUGCUUUGCUUGCUAGUUUCAUUUGAGAAAAUUUUUCUGUUUGAUUCUUUUUUUCUGGAGCUCUCCGGUGGCAGAAAUCUGCAAUUAGUAGGAAAACUGGAGCAUUUGUAUAGCCAUCAUCAAUCAAUACUAAGCAACCUUGUUGGGUUUCAGAUAGUAUUAUAGUGAUUUUUUGAGGUUUGGGUGUGAUUUAUUAUUUUUUAUAUUCACCCCCCCUCAGAAAUACUGACAAACAUCAGCUCUCUAGGUUGGAUUUUAAACCAUACAUGAGUCAUUCAACAGCCUAAAAGAGGAGGAAAUUUGUUGUACAUUAUUAUUCUCUCUUUUCUUUCAAAA